ACAGAUAGAUAGAUAGAUAGAUAGAUUUUCUCUGUAUUUUGCAGGAUGCCACACAGCGCGCGCCGGCGUGCUUGAGUUGCCAUGGUAACCUGCUCUUUUUCAGCCCGCGAGAAGCGCAAGAUGAUGUCAGGUUGUCGGUGGUGACGGAGACGCGGGCGGACAGCGCGUGCUCCGGAUCCUCGUUCACUCGCGUUGACUGCGGCGGCGGCGGAGCCUCCAUCAGCAUGACUGGCGUGCUGUGGAUUACUUUCACUGCGUGUUGAAGCGGGAACGAGACGCGCCAUGGCUGAGAGGUUGGAAUGGGUGGAAAUCAUCGAGCCGCGCACCCGGGAGCGCAUGUACGCCAACCUGCUGACGGGUGAGUGUGUUUGGGACGCCCCGGCGGGCGUGCAGAUCAAGCGCAGCGGACAGGACCAGUGGUGGGAGCUUUUCGACUCCAAAACGUCCCGAUUCUACUACUACAACGCUUCUACCCAGUGCACCGUCUGGCACCGCCCAGACAGCUGUGACAUCAUCCCCCUCGCCAAACUACAGACCCUCAAGCAGAACACCAACACGACUCCGCCCACUGCGACCAGUGCCUCCGCCGACAGCAGCCCCGCCCGCAGCGCCGUCAGCACCACAUCCUCGCAGGAGCAGGAGGAGAAGACGUCCACCGCCGAGGAGGGAGACAGGUUCAGAUGGGGCACUGGCACCAGAGAGCGGAUGCUCAUCAAAGUGUCGGAUCGAGAACCCAGUUUUCUGACGCAGGGAAACGGAUACUCCAGUUCUUCCCCACGCUCCAGAUGCUCGUCCAGCAAUGCUCCUUCCGACCCCGAAGCCACACCUUUUUCUCUGCCCGACCGCCCGUCAUCGCAGUCUCCGUUUCUGAAGAGAGCGGACUUGGGCAGCACUCAGCGGCGCUGCUCGGGCGAUUCCCAGCCAUCGUCCCCCCGCUAUGCUUACGAGCCUCCUUUGUACGAGGAACCGCCCUCGGAAUACCAGUCCCCGCCUAUUUAUGAGGAACCGCCCACUGACAUGCACUGCGACCAGGCCUUUUUUGGCUCCGACAGGUCUCCAGCGCGAAAACCAGGUCUUUACCACUCUCCCAAGCAAAGCCCGUCUCCUUACGGUCAACUGGUGUUGAUGAGACAGCGGAGCUCUACGCCCGAGAAGACGCCCAAUCAGGGCGAUCAAGACUAUAACUCGAGUGGGCGGGACUACAACUCUGCGGGGCGGGACUACAGCUCCAGUGGGCGGGAUUAUAGCUCAGGCAUGAGGGAGUACAGCUCCGGUGGGCGGGAGUAUAGCGCCGCUGGGCGGGAAUAUGUAAAGCAGCUAGUUUAUGUCGAGCAGUCUGGCUCCUCCCCUCGGUUUAGGACAACCGAGCGUCUGCUGAGCUACGGGACGACCAGUUCAAAUAGCCUGUCAGCCGGAUUUUCUUACGGCGGCUCCUUUACGCUACAGCACAGUCAUGAUCUCAACGGUGGCAAUCGGAAACGUAAGAACCGGAAGCCGUCUUUGCCGGGAGGAGAGGGCGACGGCAUGGGGUCCGGUCUCGGGGCCAUGAUCACCCAAGCCCGGUUGGCAUGGGAGGCUCAGCAGAUGUUACAUCAGCGAGGGGGCGUGUCUUCUGACCAGGGAGGGAAAGACGGGUAUGAAAGUGACGGGGCGACACCCCUGCCGCUGCCUGGUCCGGUGGUGCGGGCGUUCAGCGAAGACGAGGCUCUUGCGCUACAGGAAAGCCACUGGAAGCGCGCCACCCUGGACAGACUGGCAUUUCCUCAGACGCUGCUAGAAAAGAGUCUGUCAGUGCAAACCAGCCUGGCAUCACCUGAACCUUACCUCCAUCCCUCGCAGUCGGAGGAUCUCGGAGCAUGUUCUCAGUUCGAGGCCAGUCGAAACGCUCGCAACAUGAUGCCCAGCAUGAGCUGCGGCGUCUUCCCAGAGUUCACGCUUCGCAAACCGUCCUCCGAGACGGACAUCGAGAACUGGGCAUCCAAACACUUCAACAAGCACACGCAGGGUCUGUUCAGGAGGAAAGUGUCCAUCGCCAACAUGCUGGCGUGGAGCAGCGAGCCCAUCAAGAAGCCCAUGAUCAUGACGACGGACCGCACGGUGAAGCGCGAGGCCGUGGAGCUCUUCAGACUCAUCCAGAGCUACAUGGGCGACCGGCGGGGCAAAGGCGAGCCGCUGGCGGUGGCUCUGGAGGUGGCGGUGAGGGGCUGGAGCUGCCAGGGUCUGCGGGAUGAGCUCUACAUCCAGCUCUGCCGACAGACCACCGAGAACUUCCGCUACGACAGUCUCCAGAGAGGCUGGGAGCUCAUGGCCAUCUGUCUGGCCUUCUUCCCCCCGACGCCUCGCUUCCACAGCUACCUGGAGGGCUACAUCUACAGACACAUGGACCCGCUCAACGACACCAAUAUUGGUUGUGAUGGCAGUGUCCUGUGGAGAUUCCAGUGGGGUUUGAACAAGCCCUCGAUCGAGGAGAUCGCUCACGCUCGUAACGCCAUCUUCCGGCCCUCCAUGUUCGGCUCGUCUCUGGAGGAAGUGAUGGAGAUGCAGAAGGACCGUUAUCCCGACAGGCAGCUGCCGUGGGUUCAGACGCGUCUGUCCGAGGAAGUGCUGAACCUGAACGGAGACCAGACCGAGGGCAUCUUCAGGGUUCCUGGAGACAUUGAUGAAGUAAACGCUCUGAAACUACAGGUGGACCAGUGGAAGGUGCCCAUCGGCCUGGAGGACCCACAUAUUCCAGCGUCGCUGCUGAAGCUCUGGUACAGAGAGCUGGAGGAGCCGGUGAUUCCUCAUGAGUUUUAUGAGCAGUGUGUCAUGAACUACGACAGUCCUGCGGCUGCUGUCGACGUCGUCCUCAACCUCCCUCACAUCAACAAACUGGUGCUCUGCUACCUCAUCCGCUUCCUACAGGUAUUUGCUCAAGCCUCCAGCGUGUCCAUGACUAAGAUGGAUGUCAGUAAUCUGGCAAUGGUGAUGGCGCCAAACUGCCUGCGCUGCCAGUCGGACGACCCGCGGGUCAUCUUCGAGAACACGAGGAAAGAGAUGAGCUUCAUGCGCAUUCUGAUCCAGCACCUCGACACCAGCUUCAUGGACGGGGUGCUAUAGCACAAACACACACGUUAGCAUUCACACCUAACGCCCACAACAUGAAUCACCCGACAAACCUCCUCCUGUACACGACACAGUCGCGCUCGCCUUCCACAGCGUUUAGGUCAAAUCCACCAUCCCCAUGAUUUCUGAAUGUUUCUGAAUAGAUAAACCAUCCGUUCUCACAUGAUAGUGACUGUCCCGCUUUGGUUUCUAGCGUGCAUGUAUGUGCCGAAUGUGUUUGUUUCUGUUUUCUAACUCAACUGACUUGUAGACCGGUCCGUCUGAUUUUAUAUGAUUAAUUUAUUUGUUAUUUAUUUGAAUAGGGUUUGUAAGUAUUGUACUGCCUUUUGAAAUAGAAAACAUCUGUCCUCACUGAUCACAUGCAUCGAUCUGUGUGUGUGUGUGUGUGUGUGUGUGUGUGUGUG